AUGGUAGAAAUGUGGAAUAUAGCCAUUCAGACUUAUGCAGACGAAGAGGCCGAGGUGUGUGCAGUACCACAAUUUAAGAUCAACACAGAAGAAAAAUGGGGAAUUGGAUGGAAAUAUUCACUGAAAUGCCUUAAUUGUGGAUACAUCUCUCCUGUGGUAAAAUUAUACAAGGAAAUCACGACUGGCAAAAGAGGUAGGAAAGCGGCUGCAAUAAACAUCAACUUACAAGAUGGAUUGCUAGACAUGCCUUUAGGCAAUUCAAGGACUAGGCUUCUACUGGCAGAUUUAGACAUUCCCCCACCAGCUGAAAGUGAUAUGUCCAAGUUAUCCAAUUAUGUGAGUUCAAAGACAACUGACUUGAACAAUGAAAGCAUGAGAACUAAGGUGGAAGAGGUGAAAAAUGUCAACAGGCGAAGAGGUGCUUCCAACCCUAAUGUGAUAAAUGUGGCUUUGGAUGGGGUGCUCAUCAAGUUUGCCACAACAGACGGAGAUUCAACGUCAGCUACCGGAAUUGAAGAGGCAAUGAGAACUUUACAUCCUAUGUGGAAAGUUGAAAGACUAGCUGACCCAGCCCAUCUUAGUUCAUCUCAGUUUCGCCAAUGUUUUAAGGCUAAUUUUAGCGACGGAAUGUUCAGAGGCAAAACAAAAGUUGAAAAAACAAAUCAAAAGAAAACUUUGAGCCAGGACAUAAAAUCUAGGUGUAGCCUUGUGAUCAAAGAGAUGUACUCUACUUACUGCGGAGAUGUGGACAAACUGAAAAAACAGCUGCCGAAAAUACUACAAGCAACUGUUAUGUGCUACGAUGGAGACUGUUCCAAGUGCCGUUCCAACUCCGUGGUCUGUAGUGGCGGUCACAGCAACAACUGGUGGAAUCGAUCCAUGUUUCUGGCUUCAAACAACUUAACGAGCCUGGAAAUGAAUGACAAUGAUAAGUUUCUGUUAAAUGAACUUUUGAAAAUAAGAUUAAGUGAGGAAGACAUUGACAAAACCCGUUAUAAGACAGACACUCAAAAAUAUGAGUCAAUAAAUCGAUCAAUAAACAUUUCGCUUCCAAAGAGUGUCAAAUAUGAAAGAAAUGCUAUGGGGCGGCUAUCAUCGACUAAUCUUCGAUCAAAUAUUGGGAUAAAGGAGGCAACACAGACAAAAGCAGAGUUUUUAGGAGCAAAAUUGUCCCCUAAGAGUUUACAAGCACUUAGCAGUAUUCAGAAAAAAUCAGUGUUCCAUAGAGAUUAUGAAACAAGACCAGAAGUUAAGAGAAGAAAGCUUCUCGCUCGAGGAAGAAAUAUCCAUGAAUUUGCAAAAUAUAAAAAAUUAAAUUCAACUGACAGUGGGUACAGAAAAGGACAAUUAGACAAUAUUUUACCUAGUGCUUUGCAGCAGUUGGAUGGUGAUCAUUCUAAUUCAUAUUCGCAAUGA